AAAAGGAGCAGGAAUGUUGUCACUCGAUGUAAUUGUACCGAAGAUAUUUAACAACAGGACAAAAGGUCUCCUAGGAAAUUUUGACGGAAACUCAUCAAAUGAUUUUGUAUACCCAAAUGGAAGUCGCCUUCAUUUUAAUGCAAGUGAUAUGGAAAUAUUUUAUUACGGUCAGACAUGGUCCGUGAAUGAUAGCUCGUCUGUAUUUAUCUAUGACGACGGCAAGAAACAUUCAGAUUAUCACAACUUUUCGUACAUACCGCGUUUCCUGGAUACCGUUGACAAAAAAACGCUUGCUCAAGCUGAAAAGGAAUGCAACGGUUCAAAGAACAUAGAAUGUGUGUUCGAUUAUGCAUUAACCUUGAACAAAAAUAUUGCAAAGUCAACGAACGACAUACGUAUUACCAUUGAUAAUAACGAGGAAGAAAUAGCUAAAGUCGUGCCAACCAUUAACAAUACAUGCAGUGUAAAUGCAACGGUUGGAGAUCAAAUUUCGUGCCAGUUAAAGCUCGAUGAUGGGUUAGAUAUCGCAUUUGUAAACAACGAUACUAAAACAACAUUUAACAGAACUUCAAAGACGCUCUAUUUCAAACAGAGUGAUGAUCGUCCACACAACAUAUGGUUUGUUGCCAUCAACAAUCAAUCAACCAAAUCUCAGCAGCACACCAUACAGGUACAGCUUUGCACGGGUUGUCAUGGCAAUGGACACUGCUCCACGACAGUGCGGCCAGACCCUCAAGAAACUGCUUAUUUCAAGUACUCUGCGUGCGUCUGCGACCGUGGAUACACCGGAGACGACUGUCAACAACAAAAAGACUGGUGCGCAGAACGUCCUUGUUCCCUUGGAAGAAACUGUACAAACAUCCCCCAGAACAAAACAUACUCGUGUUCUCCUUGCCCGAACGGAUAUGCUGGUGUACCGGGGGAAAACGAUUGCAUUGAUAUAAACGAAUGCAACUCAUCUAAUCCCUGCGACCAUAUGUGUCUCAAUACUGAAGGAAGUUACUCGUGCGAUUGCGAGCAAGGAUUCCGGGUCGAUGCAAAUAACAAACAUAAUUGCAUUGAUAUCAACGAAUGCAACGAGGCUACACACAACUGUUCUCAGAUCUGCGAUAACACGAAAGGCAGCUUCCUCUGCCAAUGUCAACCCGGUUUUAUUUUCAACGUAUCUAAUUGGACAUGUGUACCAGAUGAAUCUGACCCUUGUGCUACAUCAACACUCAACUGCACUCAAACCGAGGGAUGUACCUUGGAUACGGACAAUAAGACCACUUGCUUCUGUAAUGCAGGAUUUAUUUUUAAUAGAACAUCUUUUCAAUGUCAAGAUGUUAACGAAUGCUCUCAAAAUAUUUGUCCUCAAGACUGCAUGAACACGAUCGGGAGUUUUCAGUGCAGCUGCAUAACGGGUUACCAGCUGAUAGACAAGGUCUCAUGUGAAUCAUGUGAGGUGCCAAACUGGGGUUUAAACUGUUCACAAACGUGCGACUGUACCGGACGAGGUGCCGAGAAAUGCGAUCCUGUCAGAGGCUGCGUGUGUUCCAAAGGUUGGACAGGAAGUUCAUGUGACGAUGACGUCAAUGAGUGCAAGGAGCAUUUUGGAGUCUGCGAGGAUGCUAGAAAGUCCUGUACUAACAACAUUGGCUCGUACAGCUGUGAUUGUUUGCAAGGAUACGUUAAAGAUGCUGUAGGAAAUUGCCGAGAUAUAGAUGAAUGCUCUGAUCCACAGUUGAACGAGUGCAGUCAGAAGUGUUUGAAUGCUGAAGGCAGCUACACUUGUGGAUGUAAACACGGCUUCACGGAAGUCAAUUCGACGCAUUGCACCGACAUUAAUGAAUGCGAUCUUAAAUUGGCGGACUGUGAACAGAUGUGCGAAAACCAUCCAGGAUAUUUCAACUGUUACUGCUAUUUCGGAUACAGACUUAACGACAACCGGAAUACAUGUAGUAAACUGAAAGAUUAUUGCAAGGAACUAAACAAUCUAACAUGCGCCGGCUAUUGUGAGGUACGAAACAAAACAGCAUCAUGUCAGUGUCAACAAGGCUUUGAACUUACCCCUGAUAAACAAAAUUGUGCAGAUGUCGAUGAAUGUGAAGAGGGCAACAAAUGUUCAACAGGAGCCACCUGUAUGAAUACUGUUGGUUCAUUUGUGUGUGAAUGUCCUGUCGGUAUGAAGCUGCAAAAUAACAAAAGAACAUGUACAGAAUGUGACAAGUAUCACUACGGCAAAGAGUGUUUACUUCCGUGUUCGUGUAUCCACGGAGUGUGUAACAGUACCGUUGGCUGCUUGUGUGAUCCAGGCUGGACAGGGAUAAGUUGCGACGUUGACGUCGACGAAUGCAGGGGUAACCAGGUCGUCUGCAAUGAGACCAAUACCCACUGUGUGAACACGCCGGGCAGCGCAUCUUGCGUCUGUCAAGAGGGCUACUCGAAAAAAAUAUCAUCGGGAAAGUGCGAAGAUGUGAACGAAUGCCAGACUUCUUCCAUGAACACGUGUGAUCAAGAGUGCAUUAAUACACCCGGAAGUCAUCUUUGUAGAUGCAGAGCAGGUUUUGUUUUCAGAAAUGGAAAAUGUAACGAUAUUAACGAGUGCCUUGGCGAUCACGAAUGUCAACAAAAAUGUGUCAACACUAUUGGUAGCUACAGAUGCUCUUGCGAAUCGGGAUUCAUUCUUGAUCUUACCGACCGAAAGUCUUGCAUUGCUGAGAAAAAGUGUACGUUAAAUCAAGCUGCUCACUGCUCUCGUAAUGCUAAUUGUUCUGUUUUCAACGGCGAGGUUAUAUGUGUUUGUCCUAAUGGAUACAACGGGACUAAUUGUACAGACAUCGACGAGUGUAAAAAUGGUAUGGAAACAUGUGACCAAAACUGUCAAAAUACAAUUGGGGGAUACAAAUGCGAGUGUCAAGUUGGCUUUUUGCUGGAAAACGAUAAUGCCUCGUGUACAAAGUGUAGGAACUGGACAUACGGUGAGAUGUGUUCCAGAGAAUGUAAAUGCAAUGUGACCAAUACUGAGACUUGCAAUCCAACAAACGGAAAUUGUACGUGUUUGAAAGGCUGGCAUGGUGGACUUUGCUACGAUGACGUCAACGAAUGUACGUCCACUUCAAACGUGUGUCCCACUAAUUCCAAGUGUAUAAACCUGUCAGGCAGUUUUACAUGCGAAUGUGACGCUGGCUAUCUCAAGAACAGCUUAGGUCUGUGUAAAGCAUGUCCUCAAGGUCGUUUCGGCAAAGGUUGUACCAGUACCUGUUUGUGUGAUAUGACUCAUACAUCCGUGUGCAACACAGUGAACGGGAGCUGUACGUGUGACGCAGGAUGGAUUGGCUCCGAAUGUAAUAUAGAUGCCAACGAGUGUGCGUCAGCAAAUGACUUCGAAUGUCCUGCAAACUCGACAUGUGUCAAUUCACGGGGUAGUUACGAUUGCGAUUGUGACCCGGGUUUCAAACCGAGCAGCAACGGUGAUAGCUGUAGAGCUUGUCUUCAAGGUCGUUUCGGCAAAGGUUGUACCAGUACCUGUUUGUGUGAUAUGAAUCAUACAUCCGUGUGCGACACAGUGAACGGGAGCUGUACGUGUGCCGCUGGAUGGACUGGCCUCGAAUGUAAAACAGAUGUCGACGAGUGUGUGUCAGCUAAUGGCUUCAAAUGUCCUGCAAACUCGACAUGCGUCAAUACUAUUGGUAGUUACAAGUGUGAUUGUGACCCGGGUUUCAAAACGAGCAGCAAAGGCGAUAGCUGUACAGAGUGUUCAAACAACACUUACGGAAGAAAAUGUUUCACUAAGUGCGCAUGUGUUAAGGAGAACACACUUUCCCACACCCAAUCAUGUGACACUGUCAAUGGAACAUGCAAGUGCACUGGAAACUGGACGGGGAAUACUUGCCAAAUCGACGUAGAUGAGUGCCAAGAGGAUGCAUGUAAGGAUCAAAACGCCUUAUGCAUCAACACUGAUGGUUCUUUCGCUUGCUUCUGCAGGAAAGGCUUUGUAAAAGGCGAUGUUACUAACACUUGUUCGAAUGGUACGACAGUUGCAGAAAAGAAAAUAGACCUGCAGAUAAAACUGAAAAUUGACGCUCGGAGUAUUAAUCUUACAUCAGACAGGGAUUUUGCAGUUGUUGCCGAAAAAGUUAAAGUAUCGCUACGGACCUACCUGUUGCGGUUCAUUACAAAUUUCCAAAUUGUCAUUAAAGAUCUACGGAACGGAAGCUUAGUAAUAGACUUUACACUUUUCUACAACAACAGUGCCGAUGCGGUUACAAAUGUUGCCAAUGCACUGGACGAUCUUGGGAAAGGAACAAACAUCACGUAUGACGGAAAACCUGUAGAAGCAAUCUCAGAACAACUUGCUAACUCCACGCUAUGUGGUUUGUUCGUGGAAAUUAGAGGAGGUCCAUGUGAAUACGGGACGCUGUGUAACGUCAGAAGUGGUGUGCCCUUGUGCGUAGUGAACCCUGUGCCUACAGACAAUGUACAACUGAUCAUAGGUGUUUCUGUGGCUGGAGGUCUGAUUCUGGCCGUAGGCAUUUGUACAGUGAUAUGUAUUGUGAUCAAAAGAAAAACGAGGAACGCCAAAAAGCAUAACACAAGGCUGGAUAACCUAAAUCGAUUUGAUGGACAAGGUGUGCAGGUAUUUUUGAGAUCGCCAAUCAAAGAAGUUUGCCAUGGAAAUGCACCAGGGGCCUCAAGGUAUAGAACAUGGCGAUCCAUGGCUCUGUCAUUCAGGCAGGAUGCCGUUAAGAUUCCGAGAAUGGUUCCGGACGAGAAUCCAGGUACUGCAGGGUGGUGAUAACCAGUACGAAAAUAAGGCCAGGAGAAAAACACUUAUAAAUAAGCAUUUAUAAACUUCAUGUGAAUUUCGAUUCCACAGAAUCAUAUGUAAAGUGUAUAUAAGCACAGUUCUGUUCGUUUACCAUAUGUAGAAUCUGACACCAUUAUUGUUAAUACGUUUUACUACUGAUCGCUGGUAUGUUAUCAAUUGUUUUGAAUGUGAAAGGGGGUUUCAUA